GCUGGGCUACACACAUCAACUGCAGGCAAGCCGAGAGAGAGGUGUGAAAGGCGGGACUCACGCAAUUGCUCACCAUGUCAAGCCCCGGGUCGAGCACAACGAGGAGGGAAGGAGACGGGUGGACCAUGGUCGACACCUGCGUUUCCGAGCUCAUGGAGAACGAAAGCAUUGGCGACAUGACCCUCCCGCCGCUGCCCCAAUUCGACGGCGGGGGGCCAGGCGAGGACUACCACAGCAACGGCAGCAGCAGCAGCAGCGGCGACAGCGAGGACGAAGACGAUGACGACGACGACGACGACGACUAUGCGUACGAUGGCCAAGGGUGGUCGGGCGAUGAGGAGGAGCCCCUGGCGUACGGAGAAGAGAAGGUUCCCGCUACCGCGUGGCCGGACACCGAUGACGGCGACGACAUCGCCGCGACGGCGGCCACGUUGGCCGGCUUUGGCGCUACCCACGCCGGUGCUGCUGCUGCUGCCGCCGGAGUUUCCGGUGCAAGGCGUAGACCGGUGGCGGCCUCCGCCACUUCCCGGAGGUCGGCGGGGCGCCGUCGAGAGCGGGCUGCGGGCCUAGCAGUCGGGGUCUCGUCUCCGUCCGUGUCCCCUACCCGUCCCCCCGGUCGCCGGGGAGGAGGAGGAGGAGGCCGCACCCAGCGAAGCGGGCGCCGCGUGGACGAAGGGCCACCGCCCCUCCAAUCAGCGUCGGAGGCAUCCGACGACGACGCCUUCUCCUCCGAGUUUCCGUCUUCUUCCUCUUCCUCGGAAGGACAGGAAGUAGGACGGCGUGAGCGAGCGCAGUCGUCGACCGGAGCGCGGGGCCCCGUGGUUCUGCCUGUAGGGUGCGGGGCCGAGAGCGGGGGCAGCCGCGGCGGCGGCGGCGGCGGCGGCGGCGGCGGCAGCAGCAGACUCGUUCCGUUUUCUCUGUCGGAGCUCGCGUGCGUGGCUUCGGAGACCGUUUCGGAUGUGACUGGGGGUUCCGCGGCGAGCAGUCCCUUCAGGAUCCAGAGUAGCGGCGGCGGCGGCGGCGACGACGAUGGCCUCCCUCCGAGAUUCCCCGCCACGGUAGCGACCGCCGCCGGUGGCGACGCCUUGUCUUCGCUGUCGCCGUCCACUGUGCCAGCGGCAGGAGCAGCGGCCCAAGCCGACCCGGCUGCGGCAAGGACGUCGGCCCCGGCGCUGCUAGAAGAAGCUGCCGACGGGCGGCUGAGGGUAACGCCGCGCCUGAGCGCGCUCUCGGCGGCGCGGUACGUUGGCGGUAGCACCGGCGGUGGCUGCGCGUCGGAGGGAGGUGCGGUCGUCUCUUCCAGGAGCAGGGUGGCUUCGGCUCUCGUGCUCCCGCUCGGCCGUAGCAGCAGCAGCAACGACGACGGUAGGAAGGGCUACGGUGACGGCAACCACGGCACCGACGAUGCGGACGAAGACGCUACCGGACGCCGAGCCUGUGCGGAGUGCAACCCGGCCGGUAUCAGCAGCAGCGGUAGCGCAGACGGCAGCAGCAAGAGCGACAACACGACCCUGUCCGCCGCCACGGGAGACGAAACCACGACCUCUCCGUCCUCCUCUUUCCUCUCCGCUAGAGGCCUGACGCCCUCCUCCCUCGUCCCUCUCGGCCCGCUCCUGGACUGGGAAGGAGGGAGCAAAGGCGGCGGCGGCGGCGGCGGCGGCGGGGCAAGCAUGAAUAUGAGCGCGUCCCUGGCCGGUUUCGCCGGGUACAAGUCCGCUCUGCUGGAGGCACGGCGAGCGGCCGCGGCAGAGGAACAGGGGGAGUUCUGGCAGAGGCGUGCCAGCUCCGCAGAGAAGGCCAAGGACCAGCUCCAGAAGGUGGUGGCCCAGCAGAAGGCUCAGAUCGCCGAGCUGCUGGAGCGGUGCGCAUCGCUCGAAGACGAGAGAGCGGCGCCCUCCGCCGCGGCAUCGCCCUCCCACGGGGAUAGAACGACCCCGUCCCCUACCGUCGUGGGCGAACAGGACAAUGCCACCGCCGGAGGCGGUGCUACGUCACGUACCGUAGCUGCUGCCCACAGUGUCGGGCGUGGGCAAAGGCGGGGGUCGGGGAGAGGGAGAAUCGGGACAGCGGAGGAGAUGGGAGAAGGGAGGGCUGCCUCUUCUGUUGUCGUUGCUGGCCGUGCUGCUUCGGGGGGAGAGGAAGAGAAAGGGGAGGGGGGAGGCGUUGGGGAAGCGUUGGCGUGCAUCGGGGGCAUCGCGGACGAGCACUUCCGCUCCUAUUACGUGCUCGGCCGGAUCAUCGAGAUUCGGGACCAAACUUGCGAGGAGGAAAACCCGUACAGCCUGCCGGUAGGACAGUCAAUCAUGGUCAUGUCGGUGGAGAGCAUCACUCCGGACCUUCACCGCGCCGGCGUUAUCCCCUGCAUGUAAUGAAAGAACAAAAGAAAAUGAUCAAGCAUGGGGCUUCCUCUCUUUUGUUGGGUGUUUUUGUCGUGUGUGUUGGAUGGGCGUGCGUGCUCAUGUUUUGCGUGCCUUAACGGUUUCUAGGCAGUUGACCGCCAGGGGGGCUGGUUUCAUUUGCUUUAGAUAUCUUAACCGCACCAGCGCUCUGACGGGCGUUGGAUACGCGUACAUAAAAGAUUGUAUAUCCACACGGGCGUGAAGAAAAAGCGGGGGGAGGGGGUUGCUGCAUGCACUCGUUUGUUUCACCACGCCUAUCAUUUGUGAAUACUUUCCGGUGGUGUGGGUGUGCCGCUUCACUGAGAGGCCAAGUCGACAGAGCGCUCUCGCUGCUCGGUGCUCGAUGAUGCCGGGAGUACCUCGGCAGGUUUGUUGCGCCUUGUGGCCGAACCCCGGGAACCGGAAUUGGAGGGCGUCUCGUGGAACCCAGCGAGGUCCAAACGCAGACCGUGCAUGCAUGUUUCGGUGAGCUGCUGCACAUGACAAGGUGCCCGGAGCAAGCCAGCGCACGCACUCUGCCGGAAGUUUGGUGUUUGUCGCCACCAAGAGCCGGUCGUCCAUCGGACGGCUGUGCCUCGUGCUGGUUCGCAUGGCGGCGCGUCGCAAGGCGUGUCGCAAGGCGCGUUUGGAUGAAGAUAUUGUAAGUAUUGCUAUCGAAGCGUCUCUAUCGUGUAACACAGCAUGUUCCAAAGCGUCCAUUGUGGCUGAUUUGUAUUCGUGGAGAGCGGGGGGAGAUUUGCAGUCCCAGCAUCAUAGCUGCUGCUGCUGCUGCUGAUACGGUCUGUUGUUGUUGCUGCUGCUGCUGCUGCGUGUGUGUGUGCGGAGCGGUUGGUGUUUCGGGCGAAAAUCUCUCGCGGGCAGUUAGUUGUUUCUGGAGGGCCACCCUCAACUCAUUUCAUCGGCACAGCUCAAGGUUGCAGCCUGCUGCCGCUGCCGCUGUUGUGCAUAUAUUUCACUAGUAGCUGCGGUUUCACACACAAGUGUUGCUUGUACGUGAUGUACCCGCCUGUACACGAGGCUAUUCGCUGGAAUUGUUUGUUUGCCCUCUGGCCAGCGGCACCAGCGGCGGCAGCGUUUCUCAUGGGCUCAUCGAUACAUUUCGACUGUCCAGGUCGAAGCAUCAGAAAAUAGAGAGUGAAUUUGCGGACAAGAUUCGCCAGCAAGAUUUGUCCGCACACCGUGCGUGUUUUUCGUAUUUUCCAUGUAUUCGCCGCUGUAUUUGACCUACAAGUAGAGAUGUUUUUGUUUGUUGUUGGUGGCAAUUUCGUCCUGUGUUGGGCUGAGUUUGGUAGCUGUCGCCGACAUUCGUGGUACGAGAUGUCUGGGCUUGUUACUUGACGGUGUGAGCCGGGCGCGGGGAUGGUUGCGGGGGGACAGGGGUGGAGGGGGGGGGGGGGGUACCGCAUGCACCUGGUAAAUGUAGCUGUGCCAGCGUUGACGGCAUGCAUGGGGCGGGAGAGGCGCGACAAAUUCGUUGAAGAAGCGCAGGACAGUAUUCGGCCACGUGCGAUCGUUCGUGCUUCUAUUUCGUUGGAUGUGCUAGGAUGCAUAUUCACCUCCUUGCCCUCGGGUGUACGCAUUUCACACAUUGACAUGUGCAAAGAUGCCGGAGGGCUUGGUUCGUUCAGGCUGUAGAUUACCUCCGUUACGGUUUGUCGCGGGUCUUGUGAUACUACGUCCACACGCAAGCCAAAGACAAUACUGCUGUACAUUGUUGAGCCUGCUUUGACUUCGUUUAUGCUACGAAUGAUGCUAGAGUGCGUCAGGUGGGGCGGGGAGAAUGUAUGUGAUGUUUGAUGACCUGUGUUCUGCGGAUGCACAGUUGAGGUUGCUGGGGUGGGAUUCGUGUGAGAGAUGUGCCCCAUUUGCUUCCCGUACGCAGAGACGAGGGAAACGUGGCAAGAAGAAUGAAUGUGGGAGAAGAAGCUACAUGCACCGUGUCGUGCGUGGUCGUUUUUUCGUCCGGCACCCAAUCAUACAGGGAAGCGUGGGCGGGGAAUCGUCAGACCGGGGCAAUGUUUCCCCAACUGACCGGCAGCUUAAGCAUACGUAUGUUAGUGUAUUUGUGUUUUC